AUGUCUCUCCGCGCAGUGGUCGCUGCCUGUGCAAUCUUUGCCUUGGCAAGCGUCAAUGCUAACCCCUGCAAGCCGUCUUCCAGCAGUUCAGCGUCAAUUGGCUCGACCGUGACACUUUCAACCAGCACCCAGACCGAGGCAAGCUCCUCCACCGAUGCAUCAUCGACAGCGCUCAUCUCAAUAACGACAACCACCGCUGCUGAGGAGACGCCAUCUGCAGCAGCUGAGACCAGUGCGACCAGUACGACAUCUGCUGCACCUGAAGAGACGCUCUUCCUUCUAAACGCCGGGUUCGAUAAUGGGGGCGCUGGCUGGACAGCAGGCCCGGGGGCUGGUUUUCUUUCUGACGCAAACUACCGCACAAAUCCUGGUUCCGCGGUGGUCGCCGUCACUGAGGUUGGGGAGGCCUCUGCGUCCUGGAUCUCGGCACAGCUCGGCAACCUAGUGCCCGGGCAGGAAUAUGAAGUUUCUUUGUACUGGUUUCUAGACUGGUUCGUCCCCGGCGGAGACCAAUGCACAUAUGGGUUCUUCCUCGACGGUGUUGGCCACACAUACGCGGCCUCCUGGAUUAAUGGCGACAGGAGCUUGCGCCGUAUCUCGGAUAGCUUUACUGCUGCCCGAGCCAAUCCUGUUUUCGAGUUUAAGUUGUGGUGCACCUACUUCUACGACACUGGAGAAUCAGACUGGAGUCCACUUGUCAAUGCUUAUAUUGAUGAUGCAGAUAUUAUCGCUACUUAA